AUGCUAGAUGCAACUCCAACUGAUGAAAAAGUGAAAAAAGUUGUUUCUGAUCUUGAUCCAGAUAGUGCUCCAGGCCCUGAUGGCUUUGUUGGUUGGUUCUACAGAACAACAUGGGAGGUCAUAGGUAAGGACUUUACUAAAGCAACCAAAUUUUGUUGGAAUAGAGGCUUUAUCCCAAAUGGAUUGAAUUCCAAUUUUCUUUUACUUCUGCCUAAAGUGAAGAAUGCCAAGAGAGCAAACCAGUUUAGACCCAUUGGUCUGAUGAACUUUAGUUUUAAGGUUAUCAUAAAGAUCAUAACAUCAAGAUUAGGGGGAAUAAUUCAAAAAAUAGUUUCUCCUCAACAAGCUGCAUUCAUCAAGGGUAGAAAUAUACAAGACCAAAUUGUGCUGGCAUCUGAGUUAGUGAAUGAACUUGAUACUACAAGAAGAGGUGGCAAUAUUGGUUCAAAACUUGACAUUACACAAGCUUAUGACUCCUUAAGCUGGGAGUUUCUUUUACACAAGCUUAAUUUGCCAUCUCACAUUUUCUCUGUUGAUGACACUUUCCUCUUUUGUAAUGGUGACAAGAGAAAUGUCAAAAAACUUUUAAAGAUCCUCAAAGAUUACAAAGAAGCUUCAGGCCAAAUCAUCAGUUUAGAAAAGAGUAAAUGCUUCAUAGGGGGUACAAGUGAAUCAAGAAAAUUACUGAUUGCAGAAGAAUGUAAUAUGGUGCUAUAUGCUUUUCCAGAUAAGUAUUUGGGUGUCAAUCUAAUACCUGUAAGAAUCAAGACCAUUCAUUUAUGGGGAUUUGCGGAGAUGAUGCAAGAAAGGCUAGAUGGAUGGAAAGGGAAACUACUUUCAUUCCAAGAGAGGCUUAUUCUGGUAAAAUUUGUACUCUGUAGUAUUCCAAUCUAUAAUAUGGCUAUUUAUAAAUGGCCACAAAAAGUACUGAAGGAGUGUGAAAUAAUUAUAAGAAAUUUUCUUUGGACUGGUGACCCUGCAACCAGAAAAUUGAUAACUGUGAAAUGGGAUUAUGUUUGUUCACCAAUAGAUGAAGGUGGUUUGGGGCUAAGAAGGCUGGAGAUAAUAAAUAAAGCAAUGCUCAUGGCAAGAUUCUUCAAGGCAAAAUACCAAAACCAAAAAGGUGAAUGGAUUGAAUACUAUAAAAAGUCAUCCAUAUGGACUGGGUUGAAAUGGAUAGCAGAUGAAGUUUAUAAACACACAAGAUGGUUGGUUGUAAAUGGUAUUAACAUCUUAGUAGGAAAAGAUAUAUGGAUAAAAGAUAAAGCACUGAAUUGA